GUCAGUGUGUCAUAUUCACAACAAAUACAAGACAUGUGUGUAUUGGACAGUUUAGCAAUUCUUUUCACUUUCCCAAUUCAAAACAUGUGAAACAGCAAUAAAUAAUAUUUUAACUCGAACAUGGACUCUCCUAAUGCGGUUUCUUUUUGGCAGGCGAUUAAUAUACUAGUAGAUAAACCUCAUGUUAUAAAUAAAAGAUUAUGGGGUAGUAAUUUGCUUUCUAAACAUAUUUGCCAAGAUGUAGACGAUCGAUAUAACCAUGAUAUUGCUAUAAGCGAUUUGUAUUUAAAGAAUGAAAACGAAGUGCUUAGUUUUAUGCAAGAUUUCUUUCUGAAAACAAGCCUCAAGCCUCUUGAUGAAAAGAAUACUGUGGAAGGACAGAAUAACUUUGUGGAAAUUAUUUUAUUAGAAUUAUUACCCAAAAAUUAUACAGAUAGUCAUGGUUUUCAAUUAGUCUGUUUAGAAAAGGAUAAAGCGACUGCAACAUUUUAUGAUGUGACUCCUAAAGAGUACAAUCAAAGUCUAUGCCCAAAUUUUACUUAUAGCUUUCAGCUAAUCAAUGAGGAUAUAUUAAUUAUUGGAUGUAAUGAUGAAAAUUCUAAGUCCCAGAAAUGGCUUCGAUUUAAUGUAUUACCACAAAUUAUUAGAUGGAUGGAUCAAGAUUUAGUUACCAAUAAUAAUAUAUCAGGAACAAUUAAAGAUUCUCUGGCACUUGUACCAAAUGAUAAAUAUUACACUAGAUAUAACAGUUUAAAACUGAAAUAUGGGAAGGCCAUGGUUAAGAUUUGGCCAGAGAGCACUGAUCCUACCAAAUUUGUGUUUGAGGAUGUUGCUAUAGCCACUUACUUGCUCCUGCUGUGGGAGAAUACUAAUGCUAAUUCAUCUAAUAAACCAGUAAGAUUUGUAGACAUUGGCUGUGGGAACGGCUUGCUUGUAUAUAUUUUGACAAAAGAGGGGCAUAAAGGAUUGGGAGUAGAUGUACGAAAAAGAAAUAUUUGGAACAUGUAUGAUCCGGAGAUAAAACUUGAAGAAAAAACUGUAACACCAGAAAACAUUCAUGACUUCACAGAAUUUGAUUGGAUAAUAGGAAACCAUUCUGAUGAACUCACACCUUGGAUACCAGUUAUGGCAUUAAGAUGUUCUUACAAUUGCAACUUCUUUUUACUUCCAUGCUGUGCCUAUAAUUUUGAUGGUACAAAGUAUCAAAGACAAAAUUCAUCAAAAAGUCAAUAUAAUGAAUAUUUAGAUUAUAUCCACAAACUAUGUGAAGAUUGUGGGUUCAAUACUGAAAUAGAUAGACUUAAAAUACCAAGUACAAAAAGAAUUUGCCUCAUUGGUAGGACCAGGAAAUAUGAUAAUGAUCAAUAUGAAACAUACAACAAAAAAGUUUUAGAGAUAAUAAUAAAUAACGGUAAAGAGUUUGAGAACACAAAUAAUGGCAAUAAUUUUAAAGCCAGAAACCCAAUAGAGAAAGUAAAAAAUUGCACCCAAAUUGAGAAAUCAGUUAUAAAAACUGUUGUUGAUAAAAUAACAAACUUUCUCUUAGAUGGAUGCAAUUUUCAGGAUAAAUGGAACCCAGGAAAAGAACUACCUAUUGGGGACCUUGUCGAUCAAAUACCAGGAGACAUUUUAAAAGCUUUGAAAGCAGAAUGUGGAGGAUUGCAAACACUAUUAAAGAAUAACCACCAUAUUUUUAAAGUCCAAAAAGGAAAAGUUCAAUUGAGACAUCCAAAAACUGUUGAAGACAUUAUGAAAUCUAUGAAAAUACACAAAAAUAAAAGUUUAUCUAUAAGGGUACAAAUAAAACCUUGUUGGUUUUAUAACAACCAUCCUCAAGGUUGUCCCCUAACUGAUAGUAGUUGCAGUUACCUGCAUGCAAUCAGUUGACAAAUAUUCAAUAAUAUUUUAAGUGACAUAAUACUAAUUAAGGAUUGUAAAAGAACAAGUGUUUUUACAGACAUUUUAUUUUUAUGUAUAGUUCCCUAAAUAGCCCACUAAAUGACUUUAUUAUCACCAUUUUAUUAAAAAAUAAGAAAGUGUUAAAUGGUUAAAUAUCAAUAUCUAUGUUUUUACCACAUUUUAAUUAAAAACCUUGAAUAAAAAA